GGAAACACCUUACAGAAAUACUUUACGAGCCUUGCGUGUAGCGAAGUCAUCAUGUGAAAGAAGCUUCUCGCGCCUCAAACGAAUGAAGAAUUACUUGAGGUCAACAAUUCUCAAAGAUAGAUUGAAACAUUUGGUGCAUCAAACACAUCCUGAUUAAGAGAUGGAAAGAAUCUCAGCUCGUCUCUGCAUGUGGUCUCGUCUUGGACAUAGGCCACCAGCCAGCUACCACCUGGCGUCUAUUCUGAGCGAGUCUCUCCAAUUGUUCCCACGUCAAAGCAACUUCAUCUGCAAGGCAUCUGCAUCCAAAUGUCGGCGCCAUGCACUCCUGGGCUAUUCCCUCUUCCUCUUUUCUUGAGGUUUUAUGCGAGGGCUUGCAAAGGGUGUCGCCAGCACCUUUGACGGAUAUCGACUUCAAUGCACUUCUGCUUUGUUCUUUGUCAAACUUCCUUAUUGGUUUCCUUGUAUGAUGAUCUUUUGAUGCUUACUAAUUCUCAUAAAAACAUCUUUCGCAAAGAGGAACACAGAAUCUCAAGAGUAACGGUUACAUCUUCAAUACAGAGCAAUUAUGCCACUAAAAAGACUGAAUUCACUGCAGGAAACGCUGUUUCUCAAUGGGAUCUCUGGAAAGAUUCAGUUCCAAGUCUCCUCCUCCUGCAGCCUAAUGGAACUCUAGAGAUUAAAAACAUUAAUUCCGUUAAGGGGAAAAAACUAUAUUACAGAUUCGCCUGUCCUAAUUGUCAUCUUUAUAUUGGGAGAGUAAAAGACUUCAUUAGUUUUCUACAGCAUAGCUCUGUAGAAAGCAUAAGUAGGAUUAACAAAUAUCUAGUUACAUGUUGUCUGUCGCUAAACUUUGAUGAUGCUGAGAUUGUAAUAAAAAGAAUCGACAAGAAAAAUAAAAGAAAGAAAUCACUAGAUAUAAUUGAGAUAGCGGCAUCUGAAGACAAUAAACAUGCAAUUUACUUUUCUAGAAGUAUUGCACAUACUGCUAAACAAUCGAUAGUAAGAUCUACAUCUUUUGAUUUACAAUUGUUUAAUCGAAUUGUUAAACACUAUUUCUUAGUACACAAUUUUAAAAUACACCCUCAACAUUAUGAUUUUUAUUUCACUAGGCAUAAUAUUGAGAUACUUAGGAAUUGGAAAGAACUAAUUUUUGAAUAUGAAAAUAUUAAAUUUAAUGAAAGUGAUCAAGGUAAUUGUCAAUCAAAUUUAAUAUUAGGAAGUGAAAAAGAGAAUUUGAAUAAAGAAGGAAAAGAUAAUCUCAGCCAAGAGAAACUGGUUGAUUCAUUAUAUCAUUUUAAUUUUCUAGAUAAAUUAAGAGAAAAUGAGGAUGUAAACAUUAAAACAAGAAAUGAUUGUAAAUCUAAAGAUGGAGAGAGCUUACUUCAUUGUUUAGGACAUCAACAUGUCAAGUCUGAACAAGAAUUAUGGAGAGAUCUCCUUUCUACCAGCAACUUCAGAUUAAAGCCUCGCAAUAUCAAUGUCUACAUUGUUGAUAAUGUCCCUAGACAUCCGGCACGCUUAGGUAACAUUCAGUGGUCAUGGUUAGUAGAAGAGAUUUGGAGAAUUCGUACUUUCUCCAAUUACCCACAGAAUGCUGCUAAAUCUGCAAUUUUACUAGCUUCUGAUGGUUUUGCAUAUAUGGGAAGUGGAAGAGAUGUGGAUGACAGUGUCAUUUGCUUUUUUUGUGAAUCUGCAAAAAACAAAUGGCAACCAUUGGAUGACAUAUGUGAAGUACAUAAACAGCUGUCACCAAACUGUUCAAUGGUGACGCACAUAAACUGUCCUAAUAUUUCUUUGAAAACAAAUCAUGAUUCAAGUCUGUUUGAUAAAGUGUUUCAAAUUCAAAAGUAUCAUAGAAAUUUAAAUGCUAGUGAAAAUAACAUUGGCAUCCAAGAUAUUGAGCAUGAUGGGGAAAUAACUGCAACCAACAGAUCGAACUUACCUGUAAGUAGUCAAGCCGUACAAGAACACCAUCGUUCCAUAGCUGCGCCACCCAGUCAGAGCAGAAGGGCAGAUGAUUCUUCACAAAGUUUGUCGUCAUCGUCUCCAUCUGCUAGAGAGAGUCCCUCAAAUGCAGUGUCCUCAAUAACUACUGCAGUCUCUAAUAACGCAACAACAACACCAGGAAAUAGAGUUUUAUCAACAGCCAAUAACUUAGUAUCCGAUUCAUCACUGGUGACAGUGUCAGCAUCAUCAACUGAUACAGAAGUUUCAUCAACUGACACUGCCGUUCCAUCAACCGACACAGCUGCUCCAUCAUCCGACACAGCAGCUGGUCAUUCUUCUGCUGCUGCCUCAACUUCUAAUACAGUUAACCAAGCAGUAGCAAACUCCAGCCAGAAUGCCACCAAAGGAAAUGCUGGUGGACCAACUUACUCUGAGCUUGGCAUUGUAACAGAACGCCCUAAAAGAUUUGAAUAUGCAGUGCUUCUUAAACGAAUUGAAACAUUUUUAUCCUGGCCAAGAGAUCAUCAUCUGAGACCCAAAGAACUUGCAGAAGCUGGAUUUUAUUAUGCAGGAUACGGAGACUGUGCCCGAUGUUUCUACUGUGGUGGAGGUCUACGGAACUGGGAAGAUGAAGACGAUGUCUGGGUAGAACAUGCCAGGUGGUUUCCUAAAUGUGCUUAUAUUCGUCAACAAAUGGGACAAGUGUUUGUAGAUAUAGUCCAAGAAUUAAACAAAACUAAUGACCAUAUUCCAUUCAAAAUGGUAAUGGAGAAAAUUGGUGACGCAGCUUCAUCAUUUCAGCUUGAUUCCAAGGACAACCCCUUAAAGCGAGACCCUGCUGUUAAAACAAUAGUGGACAUGGGAUUUCCAAUUGCAGAAGUUAUUGCCAAGGCUGAAGCAAUCAAAGACGAUGGAAAUAUCUUAUCUGCCGAUAAAAUUUAUGAAAAGCUAGUGGCUGAUAAUGUUAAAAAAAGUUCAAGUGGAUUAAACAUUACUCGGGCAACAUCAAAUGGAGAAGUCCCAGCAGCUGUUGUUGCAAAGGAUAUAGAAAAACUCAGGACUUUGAAAGAAAUGAAUAAUCAGCUGCGCCAGCAGACAGUCUGUAAAAUUUGUAUGGACAAAGAAGUGGCUGUCGUCUUUCUGCCCUGUGGUCACUUUGUGUCCUGCACUGACUGUGCCGCUGCCAUGAAGGAUUGUCCAGUGUGCAGGAAUCAUGUUAAGGGUCUUGUCAGAGCAUUUAUGAGCUAAGACUUGGCCUUCCCACCAGGCACAGAGUGUUGUUGAACAGUAGAAAUAGACGAGCACCUCUCUUUAGCCAAGUCCAUCAUCCUUUUUCUUUUAAAAUAUUCGUUUCAUUUUAAAUAAAUGACGCACAUUGUAAAAUGCCCAUUUUUUUUAAACUGCAUUCAUGUCAUAAUAAUGAUAUGUAAUGCACAGUCAUAUGCAUGUAUAUAUAAAUAAUAAUAAUAAUAUACACUGAUACAAUAACCCAGGUGCUGGAUUUGGCUGAAGUGUGGUGAGAGUCUAUUACUGCUGGACACUCUGUGCUUGAUGGUGAAGGCAGAUGACAUUUACAUUAUCUUAGUGUUUAAUGUCACCGAGAAGAGUAAACAGGGCAACAGUGUGUGUGUGUGAAUGAAGGUGAAGGUCAUCUAAUUGCUUGCUUAUUUAGUUUAUUUAGUUUCUUCAUUUAUAUUUCAAGAUUUUAUUUUUUUUUCUGCUUGCUACACACUGUUGCCCUGGAUUCGUUUAUAUAGUAUUUCUGCAGUUAUAGUUGGGUGAUUACUAUACUACAUGGCACUUCUGCAGUUAUAGUUGCAUGAUGACUAUACUACAUAGCACUUCUGCAGUUAUAGUUGCAUGAUGACUAUACUACAUAGCACUUCUGCAGUUAUAGUUGCAUGAUGACUAUACUACAUAGCACUUCUGCAGUUAUAGUUGCAUGAUGACUAUACUACAUAGCACUUCUGUAGUUGUAGCUGGAUGAUGACUAUACUACAUAGCACUUCUGCAGUUGUAGUUGGAUGAUGACUAUACUACAUAGCACUUCUGUAGUUGUAGUUGGAUGAGGACUAUACUACAUAGCACUUCUGCAGCUAUAGUUGGGUGAUUACUAUACUACAUAGCACUUCUGCAGUUGUAGUUGGAUGAGGACUAUACUACAUAGCACUUCUGUAGUUAU